GAGCGUCUCACGAUCUGUCUUUCUUUAAGGGGGUCUGUAGGAUCCUCCAGCUUCAUUCCAGUUCCAACCAUAGAGUGGUCUGGAGCAACUGCUGGAAGUCAAGUCUCGGGAGUCCCGUCUAUCAGGCUAAGCUAGGAUGCCUGAGCCUGCUAAGAAAACAGCCUUCAUCAAAAAGCCAAAGUCUGCGGAGGUUCAGGUCGGCGGAUCUGUGACCUUUGAGGCAGAAACAGAGAAACCCGGCCUUAAGGUGAAAUGGCAGAGUAAUGGCGCCGACAUCGCUCCAAGUGAUAAAUUCAGCAUCAAGUCCGAGGGUAAAAACCACUCGCUGACCAUCAACAACGCUGCUGCGGAGGAUGAGGUGGUGUACGCGAUCAUUGCUGGGACCUCAAAGGUCAAGUUUGAGCUGAAGGUCAAAGCUCCAGAAAAGUCUGAAGAUGCUCCUGCUCCGGCACCCCCUGCUUCAGAAAGCUCUGCUUCACCUGCCCCUGAAAGCUCAGCUCCACCUGCCCCUGAGGGGUCAGCGCCUGAUGGAGAAAAGAAAGACCCUCCGACCUCUGGGGCUCCUCCAGCUCAGCCAGAAGCCCCUAAAGACGACAUCGGGCUGUUCCUCGAGAGACCGAAGGACGGAGACGUCACUGUUGGGGAAAACAUCAAAUUCACAGCCAAAGUGGUUGGUGCAAACUUGCUGAAGAAACCAGUUGUGAAAUGGUUUAAAGGCAAAUGGAUGGACCUGUCCAGUAAAGUUGGGAAGCACCUUCAGAUCCUGGAGAGCUAUGACCGCAACACCAAGGUGUACACCUAUGAAAUCCACAUCAUCAAAGCCAAAACUACCUAUGCUGGAGGAUACAGGUGCGAAGUGUCCACCAAGGACAAGUUUGACAGCUGUAAUUUCAACUUGAAUGUCAACGAAGCCACAAACACCGGAGACAUCGAUAUUCGCUCCGCUUUCAGGCGCACUGGGGACGGCACAGAUGAAGCAGGAGAACUGGACUUCAGUGCUCUGUUAAAAAAGAGUAAUGAGGUGAAGCAGGAGCAAACCGUGGAUGUUGACGUCUGGGAGAUUCUUCGCAAUGCACCCCCUUCUGAAUACGAGAAAAUUGCCUUCCAGUACGGGAUCACUGACCUCCGAGGACUUCUGAAACGGCUCAAGAAGAUGAAGAAGGAGGAGAAGAAGAGCACAGCCUUCCUGAAGAAGCUGGACCCUGCGUACCAAGUGGACAAAGGUCAGAAGAUGAAGAUGGUCGUGGAAGUGGCCAACCCAGAUGCUGAAGUCAAGUGGCUGAAGAACGGGCAAGAGAUCCGUGUCAGUGGCAGCAAGUACAUCUUUGAGAGCAUUGGGAACAAGCGGAUACUGACCAUCAACCAUUGCUCCCUGGCAGACGACGCCGCCUAUCAGUGUGUCAUCGGAGAUGAGAAAUGCUUCACCGAGCUUUUCGUAAAAGAGCCUCCCAUUCAGAUCCUCAAGUCCUUGGAGGACCAGGUGGUGAUGGUGGGAGAGAGAGUGGAGUUUAUGUGCGAGGUCUCAGAAGAAGGAGCGCAGGUUAAAUGGGAAAAAGAUGGGGUAGAACUGACCAGGGAGGAGACCUUCAAGUAUCGUUUCAAAAAAGAUGGCAAAAAGCAUUACUUGAUUAUCAACGAGUCAACCAUAGAAGACAGCGGCCACUACAUCGUCAAGACCAAUGGCGGAGAGUCUGUGGCGGAGCUCAUGGUGCAGGAGAAGAAGCUGGAGAUCCUGCAGGAUGUGGCUGAUUUGACGGUGAAAGCCAAGGAACAAGCUGUCUUCAAGUGCGAGGUGUCUGAUGAGACGGUCACGGGAAUCUGGGUGAAAAACGGGAAGGAAGUGAUUCCUAAUGACAGGAUCAAGGUUUCACACAUCGGAAGGACCCACAAACUGACCAUUGACAACGUGGUGCCUUCAGAUGAGGGGGAUUAUUCCUUCAUUCCCAAUGGAUUUGCUUUCAACCUCUCUGCAAAACUACACUUUAUGGAGGUGAAGAUUGACUUUGUUCCACGACAAGAGCCACCGAAGAUUAAAUUGGACUGCCUCUCCCAGAAUGUCGACACCAUCAUUGUUGUUGCCGGCAAUAAGUUGCGUCUCGAUGUCCCCAUCACUGGAGAUCCGGCACCCACCGUGGUGUGGAGCAAGGGGGAUAAGAUACUUUCGGAGACUGAUGGCAGAGUCCGCGUGGAGACGCAUGCGGACCAUUGCGUGUUCAUCAUUGAAGGGGCAGAGAAGCAGGACGAGGGGGUAUAUAACGUUGUGGUCAAGAAUCCAGCUGGAGAGGACAAAGCCAACAUCACCGUAAAGGUUAUCGAGGCCCCAGAUCCACCAGAGGCUCCCCGCAUUUCGAAUAUUGGAGAGGAUUACUGCACUGUCCAGUGGGACCCACCAAAGUAUGAUGGAGGACAACCAAUUCUGGGUUACAUCUUGGAGAGAAAGAAAAAGAAGAGUUACCGCUGGAUGCGGCUGAACUACGACUUGGUGAAGGAGCUGAGCUACGAGUCCCGGCGGAUGAUUGAGGGGGUUAUGUACGAAGUACGCAUUUUCGCCGUGAACUCCAUCGGAAUGUCGCUUCCCAGCCAGCCCUCACAGCCGUUCAUGCCUAUCGCUCCCACAAGCGAACCGACUCAUCUGACGGUGGAAGACGUCAGCGACACCAGCAUCUCGUUGAAAUGGAGACCCCCAGAGCGCAUUGGAGCUGGUGGGCUGGAUGGCUACACCGUGGAAUACUGCAAAGAGGGGUCCUCUGAAUGGGUCCCGGCUCUCUCUGGUCUAACCGAGAGAACAUCCGUCAUGAUCCGAGACUUGCCCACCGGCGAGAAACUCAACUUCAGGGUCCGCGCAAUCAACUUGGCGGGACCCAGUGAGCCGUGCACCAUUAAGGAACCCGUCACCAUCCGGGAAAUAAUGCAACGCCCCAAGAUCUGGCUGCCGCGAUACCUGAGACAGAAGCUGCUGAAGAGGGUCGGGGAGACGGUGAACAUAGUCAUCCCCUUCCAGGGCAAACCUCGUCCUAUAGUGACCUGGCUCAAGGACGGGCAGCCUAUUGACCCAAAACAGGUUGGCAUCCGAAACAGCGACGCCGACACCAUCUUGUUCAUAAGGACCGCGGAGAGGCAUCACUCUGGCCAAUAUCAAGUCAAAAUCCAGAUUGAAAACUGCGAGGACACGGCCACAAUCCAGAUCCAGAUAGUAGACAAACCCAGCGCCCCACAGAACCUGAAGAUUGUCGAGAUUUGGGGGUUCAAUGUGGCCCUGGAGUGGUCUCCACCACAAGAUGAUGGAAAUGCUGAGAUUACAGGGUACACCAUUCAGAAAGCAGACAAAAAGACCAUGGAAUGGUUCACAGUGUAUGAGCACUACAGGCGUCUGAACUGCGUGGCGUCCGACCUGAUCAUGGGUAACGAGUAUUACUUCCGAGUUUUUAGCGAAAAUAUGUGUGGCCUGAGCGAAAAGCCUGUGACCUCAAAGAACAGCGCGUACAUCCAGAAAACAGGCAGCGCCUACAAACCUCCUAAUUACAAAGACCACGAGUUUAACGAAGCCCCCAAGUUCACCCAUCCUCUCGUGAGCCGCUCCGUAGUGGCCGGAUACAACGCGACCCUCAGCUGCUCUGUGCGAGGAACACCCAAGCCCAAAAUCUUUUGGUACAAAAACAAAAUGGACCUGUCCGGCGAGGCCCGUUACCGCUCUUUCAGUAAGCAGGGAGUGCUCACUCUGGAGGUGAGAAAGCCAAGUCCGUUCGACGGAGGAGUCUACAUGUGCAAAGCAGUCAACGAGCUUGGUGAGGCCGAAACCGAGUGCCGGCUGGAGGUGCGAGUGCCUCAGUAAUGAUCUCACUGGAUUGCGGCAGAUGUCUAUUUGGAGUUGGACGUUAAAAAGACCCCACGGAAAAGAAAUGAAAAGUCGUAAAUUGUGACGUCCAAAGACAACGAAUCAUUAAAGCAAAUCAUAUCGUGACUCUUUGAAUUGAAUGUUAAUCCGAUCGAUCGUCUUCCGCUGUGAUUCUGGAUUUCUUCUCGUGCGGAUCGCGCGUGGGUUUGGGUUGUAUUUACAGGGUGGGUAGAACGUAGCUGCCGUUUCCGUGCAGAGGGGAUAUCGCUGUUGUCUUGACAAAGUUUGUAAGCGUUUCGAUGAUUUGGAAGGUGAAAUAAAGCAAUAUAUUCAGAGA